AUGUCGAAGGACAAUGCUAUUGAAGAAAAUACGACGGUAAGCUUUUAUUCUUUCAAAGUUUAUAUCGAGCUUCAAUGAUCGUGAAAUCUUGUAGAAGGGGGAAAAGGAACAUGCAUAUAUUUUCCACAUGUUAGCUCAAUUCAAAAAAAUCUCCAAUAAUCACGUUAUCUUUAUAUUUUUCUUCGAUGGUAGUCUCAAAAAACGGAUAUUUGAAUUAAUCGCAGCUUUAUGGCUAGACUUCUUCCUAGCCAACAUGAAACGUUGCGUGCUCGAAUAUUUCUUCCUGUUUAUCAUAUCAGUUGCUUCGCUAUCAUUCACUUUCCCAAGUUUUUGAUUUAGUAUCCCGAACUCUGACAUGUACGCUUUUAUUGUUACUUGGUUUCUUCCAAGUUGAAAAUUUCUUUUUGAUUUGCAAACAUUUUUUUUGUUAAUAAAUACGGGAUAAAUUAGAAAAAUUUCAUGUGGAGAAAAAAAGUUCAUAAGUUUUUCAGUUUUUCAGAAAUAUAUUUAUUCUCUCUAUAAGAUGUCAGUCACUAAAAAUCUGAAUCUUCUCGAAAUAGCUAUAAAGCGCUCCAAACGCUCAAUUUUGCCGGCUCCACUCUCUAUGAACACAGCGAAUAUUCACUAUUUUUCUGCGAGCCGCAUAGAUUUUCGACUCAAAAUUGGACCAACGCAUUCAGCGGGCUUUCCUCAGUGGGAUGCGUGCGAGUUUUGAGCUUUUUGAAUUGAAUGAGUAUGAGCGGUCGCGCCAAAAGACUCUCCUAUGAAUAAACUGAUGAGAAAAGAAAACGCGCGCUAGCGAGAGACGAGGCUCGCCGUGGAGAGACCACAAGCAAAAGCCUUCGCUUUUACGUCAUGCCAAAGGAGAAGACUGCUUUCUUGCGGUGACGUAAUCGAUCCUUGGUUGGACACACAAUUUCAAAAUUUAAUGCUUCGCGCUUGAGUACCGCUACAGUGUUGUUAGUUGAUAGAGCUUUGAUGAAAAAGGGGGAAUUUUCACUCCUCAUGCCAUGUAGGGAAUAAGAAAAAGUACUCAGAAAUAGAAAUUCAUGGGCUUUUAACGGUAGAUAAAGAUGUUCAAAACAUGACUAAUCUGCGUUCCUCGGACCUCGAGAAAACAAAUUAUUCAAAAAGUGAGAUGGAAGCUAUUCCGAGCAUAGACGACAGAGAGUUACGGCAACCAGAGGUUUGCGUAUAAAGAGAGAGUGUGUGCGUUUGACGUAAUCGAUCCCUGGUUGGAGGGAACAAAUAUCUCAGUGAGCCGCUCAGCGGAAGUCCUUUCGAAAAGCAACUAAUCAGUUGGAUGCACCUCUUAACUUUAUUACGACCAUAGAGUCUGAAUUUUCCAGCUCUCCAAAAGUCCCAACGAAAAUUUCCACUGAGUGAAAAAAGUUGACUCGGAAUACAAAUAGCAAAAAAAUCGUAGUCUUUCCAAGCCAUAUUUAAAAUGAAUUGGGUUUUUCCUGUUAAAAUUUUCUAGUUCCUGAAUUUUUUCACUUGAGAAAUCGCUAUCACAGGCUGUUUCUUAGGGAUAACUUCUCGAUAUAAUAUUUAUUCGAUUUUUCUAGGUCAUUAUAAAUCUCAAAACGAAAAAAAUAACGUUCAAAUCACGUUCAUAUGAAGCGUUAAUGAAAAACGAACUUUUUUCCAAAAUUUCUUUUUACAAGAAUAAUUGAUUAAUUUUCAGUUAAUGAAUGGGAAUCACAAACCAGCGGAAGAAGAAUCAUUCAGCAAGUUCUUGUAUAACAGAGAACGCGGCACCGUGCUCGGGAGAACCGGAGCUUCUUGGAGUUAGUCAAAAAAUCCGAUCCAACUAUAAAUUGAUUAUUUUCAGUUCAAAUUACCGUAUUUUACAUCAUUUUCUACGCGUUUCUCGCUGCGUUUUUCGUCGCUUGCUUGGCAAUAUUCCUGAAGACAUUGGACCCCAAAGUGCCUCGUUUCUACGGCAAAGGCACCAUCAUCGGCGUUAAUCCUGGUUCGUAUAGUUUUUCAGCUUUUGGAGGGGUCGAGUUUGACGCAAAAAAAUUAUAAUCGCAUUACGAUAUGGUUAAUCCUAUGUUAUCAGUUAAUGGAGAGAUGCAUUAUGAAGCUAUCGAUAAGAAUUUUUAUGAGCAGAUUUUAUAGUCUAGAAUUGCUUCUGAACCAUUCAUUUGAGAAUUUUUGGAAUUUCAAAAGAUAAUGAAGGAACGUGGACCGUAUCUUUUUCGAAGAUUCUUGAUAGCUUCAAUUUCUGAGAGAAAACCUCAAGUUUUGAUAUUUUGAUAUCUUUCUCAACUGAUAAGGAAAGCAAUACUAACAGGUCAUUUUACUUUACGGUCGGGAAUUUCUUGAGAAUUGGCCAGAAUACUUCUUGAUGUACUAGAAAAAUAUUUUGGAUGUUUCAACCUGCACAAGUUCCUAGUUUUUUAGAAAUUCUCCAAAAUAGCCAAUUUAAUGAAUUUCGAGGGCUUCCUCUAACUUUUGGGCGUCUUUUCUCAAAAUUUUGAGACUUCCAGAAUUUUCUUCUGAUUGCAACCGCAAAGUAAAAUAACCUUCCUUAUAAGGCAUUCCACAUAAAGAUAUAAAGUUUGAAUCAAAGAAACGAAAGAAAUUUAAAGUUCUGUUCCGAUACUCAAAUCUUCAAGCAUACGGAAAAUGAUCCCUUUAGAAAAGAGAAAGAGUAAAUAACUGUCGGACUUUGACAAGUGAGCAAAUUGAACGCAAUGGAUACGUGUUUGUAUGAGAAGACCACUUGAGAUUUGUUGCUUUAACACUUGUCAGCGGUAAAAUGAUAGAAAAAAAAACGGAGCCGCCGAGAGUCUCAGUCUAUUUUCUUCCCGCCAUUUCUUUUGUUUCUUAAAAACAGCAGGCUUUCUGGUAUCAGUUGAGACGGCUCUGACGCACGUGCAAGCCUGAUUUUUCAAAAAUAGCCGGAACAACAAUUUUUCACGGCCAGUGGAGCAGAUAACAGACUAUACACAUACGAAUCAGAAGUGGUAUUUCUUUCAAAAAAAAAAACCUUCAAAAAUUUCUUUGUUAUAUCUCCACUGAAACUGUGAAAGAAAAACGCUCACUGUAAUAUUUGAAAGCAAAGGAAAACGUGGCUGAUGAUAAAAAUAGGUUUUUAAGUGACUUUACUUUUUUGAGUGUCUUCCUGUAUUUUUUGAUUGACUUUCAGGUUUUCAAGUGUUUCAAGAACACAGCGAAACAUUUUUUGAUGCUUUCAUAAUUUUCUUUGAGCUGUACUUAUAACUGAAAUAUUUUUUCAUGAAAAAGAGGUAUAAACCUCUUAUUUUCGAGCAUUGUUUCCUAUACACGUUUUUUUAAACUUUAAAUAACUGCGUUGAAAAUUGAGAAACGUUUCAAAAAGCUUCGGUAAACGUAUACAUAAAUUCAUGGUUUAAAAAAAAACGGAAACCGCCUUUUAAUAUCAAACUUGAUAUAAAAAAACUAACGUAUGAAAAAUUCACCACUAUUGCACUUUAAUUACACUCAACGGGGCUUCACUCAUAGCACAAUGAGGGUUCACUCUUCACAAGGGUUCGGCGUGAAGGAAAGAACUUUUUUUUGAAUAAUUUCUCUUCUGCGAGUAGCUCUCCAAACUCGAAUCCUAAUGCGCUGGCACAACAAAAAAGCCUCAGGGCCAACCACAUUUGGUUCCCAAAUCCAAUUUACUCCGUCUUUUUCGGGGGGUUGCUUGAGUUCACGAACAACUUUCUCAAGCAUGGUCGCCUCAGGGGUUGAAGGCUCCGUUUUUGUUGUGUUGGAGAAUGGAAAAAAGGACAUAAACUUUGAUUUCUAAACAAAUUCAUUUUUUUCUUAACGUUUCAGGAGUCGGAUAUCAGCCAUGGUUGAAGGAAAACCCGGACUCGACCCUUAUCAAAUUCAACAUUCGGGAUCCUGAAUCUUGGGCGCCAUAUGUCAAUCAGGUUCUUCUUGAAAUAAUAAUAUUAUUGAAUAGAUUUUUUUGUAUUUUUUUCCUCCGUUUGGUAAGAACAUUUCAUUUAGCAAGUUAUUCAAUCUGAUGAAAAAAAGCGUUAGAGGAAAACCAAAUUUUCUAUAAGUUCGUUGAUUCAAUCAAACAGAUAAAUCAAUACAAAAAUUUUUUUCGUAGAACAAGUGGAAACGAUUUUUCAGAUCAACGGGUACUUGGACAAGUACAACAGAACGGACCUGACCCGUGAAUGUGUCGACGAUGAGGACAACACCGCCCUCGAAACCGCCAACGACGCUUUGGUAAGACUCGAGUAUUAAAAGUUUGAUUCGUAAUGAUUUUUUCAGCCUUGCCGCUUCGAUCUCAGCAUUUUCGACAAGAACGCCUGCAGCGCACGAACUCAAUAUGGAUUCAAAUCUGGAUCUGUAAGCGUAAUUUUCUUCGUUUAAAAAUCAAAAAUGACUUCUCAGCCCUGCGUCAUCAUCUCUUUGAACCGUUUGAUUGGCUGGAAGCCAGUGAAUUACCCAGCCGGGUCUGUUCCGGAGGAGGUGAAGAGCCGUUACAAGGAAGGAUCUAUCGCUAUCAACUGCAAUGGAGCCGUUAGUUCCAUUCUUUCCUCAAGUUCCAAAACGAGCUUUUUAGAACCACGUCGACCAGGAGCACAUCGGAAAACUGAAGUACAUUCCUGAGAACGGUAUCGACGGACGUUUCUAUCCCUACGUCUUUACUCCUGGAUAUCAGCAGCCAAUCGUGAGUGGCUGACAAAAAAUUCUUUAAAGGAAAUUUUGUGGUUUCAUUGAGAAGUUAUCCUUUUCCUGAAAGAUCUGAUCACAAUAAAAUUAUUUCGAUUUUUCGGAAUCAUUUUAUCGUGAUGAGAAAAAAACUGGUGUAAAAGUAACUUAUCUGCUUAGAGUUACAACGGACGAUUUUUUUAAACUUCUAUUCAUGGUCCUGAAGUUUACGGAUCUUUCAGAGCGCAGAGAUUCAAUUUGUGAGCUAAGUGAAGUUUUUUUCAUCCUUUUUGAAACAGCAAAUUAGAAUAUCUAUAGAUUUUAAAAAAAAAUUUUACAGAUUUUUUUGCCGUUGAGUGAACAAAAAAAGCCAGAAAAAUUAAAAAAAGGCUAUAAGAACUUUUUUUCUAACAGGCCAUGGUCAAGUUCGAAUCAAUCCCUCGCAACAAGCUGGUGAUCGUCGAAUGCCGCGCUUUCGCCCUCAACAUCGAACACGACAUCAGCACCCGACUCGGCAUGGUCUACUUCGAAGUGUUCGUCGAGGACAAGCCAGUCGUCCCCCGUACUGAACCUCAAUAA